GGAAGAGGCAGGAGCAAUGGCGUCGCCGUCGAGAGUGACGGUCACGCAACGUGAACAGUCGAUGGUGGAGCGAGAAGUCGGCAGGAUCUACUCUCUCUUCGCUCAACUCCCUCCUGCUGCUCUGUCCUUCUCUAUGGAGAUUCAACGAGAUAGCCACAUCGAGUACCUGACCAACGGCCUCCGUCGACUCGCUCCCUCCUUCGGCGCCUUGGAUGCCAGCCGCCCGUGGCUCUGUUACUGGAUCAUACAUUCUCUAGCUUUGCUGGGUGAACCUGUUGAUGCUGAACUUGAAGAUAAUGUCAUCGACUUCCUUCGUCGCUGUCAGGAUCCAAGUGGUGGGUAUGGGGGUGGACCUGGACAGCUGCCUCACCUUGCAACAACUUAUGCUGCGGUCAAUUCUCUUAUUACCUUGGGUGGAUCCAGAUCUUUGUCUUCAAUUAAUAGAGAUAAGGUGUACAAUUUUUUGAGGCAAAUGAAACAACCAAGUGGAGGCUUCAGGAUGCAUGAUGGAGGAGAAAUCGAUGUUCGGGCUUGCUACACUGCUCUCUCUGUUGCAAGUAUCCUAAAUAUUUUGGAUGAUGAGCUGGCUGGAAAUGUUGGAGAUUUCAUAUUGAGUUGUCAGACUUAUGAGGGUGGCAUCGCAGGAGAACCUGGUUCUGAAGCUCAUGGUGGAUAUACAUUUUGUGGGUUGGCUACGAUGAUUUUAAUCGAUGAGGCUGAUCGGUUGGACUUAUCUAGAUUAAUUGAUUGGGUGGUGUUUCGCCAAGGAGUAGAAUGUGGCUUUCAAGGGAGAGCUAAUAAAUUGGUUGAUGGUUGCUAUUCCUUUUGGCAGGGGGGUGCUUGUGCAUUGCUGCAAAAAUUGCGUCCAUUUGGUCUUUCCGAAGGAGGAGAUGAAUCGGCAGAUUCAAUCAAUUCAUCUCUAUCUGCUGCAUCCAAUCUGUCUGAACAGGAAAACAAUCUGGAGAGUGCUUCUCCUCAAGUUGAUGGGGCCUGCCAGUUUAAACAGGCAGGUCCUCAAAGUGCUUCCUGUUCUGUAAACCUUGGCAACACCAGUUAUAAUUUUCUUGAAAGACGUACAGAGGUGGGAUCUCUCUUCAACAGUUUAGCCUUGCAGCAAUACAUUCUUCUAUGCUCUCAGUUGCCAGAGGGCGGAUUCAGGGACAAACCCGGAAAGUCUCGAGACUUCUACCACACAUGUUAUUGUCUAAGUGGCCUCACGGUGUGUCAAUAUAGCUGGUCUAAGAGUGCGGAUUCGGCCGCUUUGCCCUGGGCUGUUGUAGGUCCAUCCUCCAACCUCGUGGAAUCCAUCCACCCUCUCCACAAUGUUGUGUUAAGCAAGUAUCACGAAGCAAACGAGUUUUUUCGCAAGGUAGGAAGGGAUGUAUACUUACAAAAUCCGCAGUCGGAAAGAUAGGGGAGAAUGAAUAUUCAUGGUGAUUCAUGGGGAGCUUUAAGUUCACAAUUUUUAAGGUUUGUUAUACUUGGCUUUCCUGUUCUUCAUCAUCAUCGUCAUCAUGACAAGUGUUGAGAUGAUUAAAGUUGCAAACAAUAACGAACCAACAAAUUAAGU